GCCCUGCUGGCCGCUCACGCCAUCCCCGGCACAGCCCUGCUGUUUGCCCAGCCCCGGGGCUGGGCUUCCCCGGCACGGCCCCGCCGUCGCUCUGUGAACCCGCCGACCAUCGGGGCUGCCGGCUGCAGCUCCUGCCGCCUCCAUGCUGUCCCCGGAGGGUUUGGUGGCCGCGGCCGCGGUGCUCAUGGGGCUGGGCCUGCUGGCUUGGUGCCUUUGGGCAGGGAGGCUGGAAAUACCUGGAGACCUGGGAGAGGAGGAGGAGGAGAAGGAGGAGGAAGGGAUCCCCUUCAUGGCCGAGGAGGGCUCGGGGCACUGCCGGCUGCUGUGCAAGCCCUCGGCUCUGGCUCAGCACCUGGCGCGGAGCUUGGGGCGGUCAGCAGCGCUGAAGGGGGGACGCUGGCUGUGGCCGCGCUGGCCGCAGCUCCAGCUGCUGUGGCAGCUCCUGCAGCCACCUGAGCCGGAGCCGCUGGUGGCCCGUGAGCUCCUGCAGCUGCCCGACGCUGGGCUGGUGGCCUUGGACUGGCUGGUGGGGCCGUGGGGGGCUGCGAGUGGUGGGGGGGGGAUCUCCAGCCCAGUGCUGCUGCUCAUCCCCAACGCUGCCGGGAAGGUGACGGGGGGGCUGCUGCAGCUGGGGCUGCGGGCGCUGGAGCGGGGUUUCAUCCCCGUCAUCUUCAACCGCCGCGGCCACAACGGCUGCCCCCUCACCACCCCCCGGCUCCAGCCCUUCGGGGAUCCCGGGGACCUGCGGGAGGCUGUGACCUACCUGCGGUGCCGGCACCCCUCUGCUCCUCUGCUGGCCGUCAGCGAGGGCUCGGGCUCGGGGCUGCUGCUCGCCUACCUGGGCGAGAGCGGCUCCUCCAGCCGCCUGGCCGCCGCCGCCUGCCUCUCCCCCAUCUUCCGUGGCCGGGACUGGUUUGAAGCCGGGAUGCCCUGGCUUUACGAGUGGCCGCUGCUCCUCCACCUCAAGCAGGGAUUGAGCAGGUACGUGGGGGCCCUGGCCGAGGUGGUGGACAUGGACAGGCUCCUGGGCAGCCGCUCGCUGCGGGAGCUGGAGGAAACCCUCUUCUGCCGGACUCGGAGCCGCCCCACCAGCUGGGAGAGCUACUGGGAGCGCAACGAGCCCCUGCGCGACGCGGACGAGGCGGCGGUGCCGGUGCUGUGCCUCUGCAGCGCCGAUGACCCCGUGCGCGGUCCCCCGGCCCGGAGCCUGCCCACGGAGCUCUUCCGCAGCAGCCCCUACUUCUUCCUGCUGCUGACCCCGCACGGGGGGCACUGCGGCUUCCCCCGCCGGGGGCCGGGGCGCUGCUGGGCCCACGAGGCCGUGCUGGAAUAUUUCAGGGCCAUGGCCGAGUUCCUGCGGACGGAGGAGAGGAGGAAGGGGCUGCCGCGGCCCCGCAGGUGGGGAGGUCUCCCGGUCGAGCCCCCCGUGUUCACCUGGCAGAGGUCCUACACGCGGUAGCCCCCCUGGGCCAGGGUCUCACAAAAGCAGGCAGACACUCCGUGUACUAAA